GACUGGAACUACUAUAGAUUCAGGAGCCUCGAGACUGUCACAAAAUAGAAUCAAAUCUCUUGGUUUUGAUCGUCGUAAAAAUUCAUUUUUUAGCCAUGGAUGUCGAAAAAAUCAUUCCAGGACUGAAGAUGGUAUGCGUAGCAACCAACGGAGUCUUCGUUGGAGCUUCUUUCUACGUUUUAGCGGUAGAAUUUCCCUCGAUGGAUGAACACUCGUAUGGUUGUGUACUGAAGAUCCUUCGCCUCAAGCACAGCUAUCACCAUCGUAUGCAGUCUGGUCUCGCUAUCAUAAGUGGAUUAUCAGGUGUUGCUCUUUACUUCAUGGAURAAGAAAAGAAUUUGCCCUUCCUUAUGGCUGGAUCUAUCAUGCUUGCGACUUUUCCUUUCACUGGUCUGGCCAUCGCUCCACAAAUGAAGCCACUCAUUGACCCGUCUGCCAAGGAUGAGAUGGAGGAGAUGGAGGUUCGUAAUAACGUCAACACACUUCGUAGGCUUUUGAGUGUAAGAUGCCUGGCUUCUCUUACAGCAUUUGGUUAUCUUCUUUAUCAUUUAACCAACUAAGUGGAAUCAUACAAAGACCAACUCGUUUAGAUUGAUGUACUGUUAAAAGGAAACUUUGAAUAAAUUUUAAUGAUUAAUUAAUAAGAUUAAUAAGCUCAUAGAAUGGUUUUCAAAAACCCGUGAAACAAAGUGUAAUGACUAAGGUGUAAUAAAUUGUAAUACACCAAAUACACAAAAGAAAAUCAAAAGAAAAUGCAGACAAUAAAGUGUAAUACGCUAAAGUGUAUUUCACGGGUUUUUGAAAACCACUCUAAGAAGUACAUUAUUUUACCCCCCAAAAAUGUCUAAGAGAAAUGUAAUGAAGUUCACAGUACACGUAAUUGCAAUAGAAUUGCAUAAAUUAGCAUUUGCUUAUCAAUUUAAUAUAAAAUUGAUAAUAAAUUCGUAUUGAUUAUUUAUGAAGUUAAACGUUAGCAAGUAUAUAUAGUAGAGUUAAGAAAUUGCCCUUAUUCAUCAUAAAUUACAUCUUAACUAUCCCCUUAUUCAUCAUAAAUUGCAUCUUAAAUGUUCAAAUCUCAAGUGGAAUCAUGAGCGCUAUUAGUGGUUUCACUGUAAAGUUUUGAACAUUUUAAGACAUCAUCUAUGUUCAAUAAGGUGCUAUCAAUAGAUGUCACUUUUGGUAGUAGCUGCAUUUUUAAUGGCUUGUAGAAUCUUGGAGGUUGUUUUGAUCUCUUGUUUUCUGGUUUCAUGUUGUAGAAAUAGUCAACUACAAUAGCUAGAGGACUUAUUUUGACAUAUUUUGACUUAACAUCUGCUAGUUGUCCCUCAGUCAAGCGCUUGUUUGCGGCCCAGUCAUUUUCAAAGAGUCACGUGAUUGAUAGUAAGCAAUAAGAAGACAGUCAAUGGAAAUCUAUGAGCAAUUGUUUUACAUUAACAAAAUAAUAAUAAAAAGAUCUAAAAACAAGGAAAAAGCUUACGAGAAAAAUAGUUUCAAGUGUGUGCUGGCUCCUUGCACAAGUGAUUAGUCAUUCUAUGUGUCUGAACUGUUACUGAUCAUUGCUGUCAAACAAUCAGAUUGCGAGAAUAUGCUCUGUUAAAGAAAAAGUUUUCAGACUAA